AUGGCCAUGUGGCCCUUCAAACGACGUCGACGCGCUGUGGACUCUAAGGAAGACAAAGUGAAACCAAUGGAACCUAAUCAAUCCGCCGUCGAGCGCGGUACCAACGACGGUACCUCCAAACCUUCAGAUGCUCUCCCAUCGACCCCUCCGGCACCUGUUUCCGCACCUCGAUACGUCGCCUCGGAAAAGGAGAAGAAGCAAAAGCGGCGGUCUUUACAACAAGCACAAGCGCCUGCGAAACCGUGGGUUGACCUCGAGAAACGUCCGAACUCUGAGAACAAGGAGAACGUGCCUGGACCCGCGCCCGGCUACACCAGCAGAGAGGACAUCACCGCGCUCCCGAGUCAACGUCAUCUCGAUCGAAGCCCACAUCUCAGACCGGUUGAUCAGGAGCGAGCGCGGAUACCGUACAACUUUCGACCCUACGCCACGUCGCAGACGAGUCUCCAGCAAGACGAGGCUCUCGGCAGCCUGCACAGACCAAACACUCUCCAUUCGGAACGGACAAACACAUUGCGCUCGAAACGAAGCAAAUCCGAAUACGGUGGUCCGAUGAGGAAGUCGUCGAGUAGGAGAUCGAAGCGGCGGGAAGAGCGAGUGCGCGAGGAAGAGAUUCGACAAUUGGCAUCUUCUCCCAUUCCCAUACCGAAGAGACCAGGUGAUGGCCCUCUCCGAAGAGACAGUAAAAAGUUCCGCAGUACAAAUUUGAGGGAUUCGACCGUGUCCCUGCCUCCUGAGGGCUCGAUACACUCCUCAAUGUCAGGCGCGAGAGAACAGCGAGGGUGGGAAGUGGGCACCUUAGACAUCUUCAACCCACGACCUGCGGUGCGAUUGUCGGGCACGCCACAGUUCUCCGUCGCGCGUACGGCUGCGCCCAAUGGUACGGGCGUCAUGUUCACCAUCGAAUCGCGAAACGGCAAGGAGAAGGCGCCAGUGUCACGCGGUUCUACUCGCAAUGACAGAGUCAUCGGCGACGAAGCAGAUGGGCUAGGCUCUGGUGACAUUCGCGCGAUCAUGGAGCGUGAAGCCAAGCGGAAACAAAAGCGAGAACUGGAACGACAAGAGAAGCUCGAUCGCAAACUGCGGAACAGAGUCGCACGCGAUCGAGCCGAUAGCGAAAAGAGAGCGCGGGAUGCAACGAGCGAUAAACGGGCGGAAGAGGCGAGAGUGCGCGCCGCAGAACUCAUCCAAGCUCGUCGUUCACCGGAUCCGCCAACUGCCAUUCAUCCCGCUCUACGAAGUGACACUGUCAUGGCUGACGCUGAGCCCGUUGGACUGGGUAUUGGCGACAGACCACAGGCAUCAUCCCAGGCAAAGGAAGCGACAGAGAAAGAGACAGAAGACCCCUUCUCCGAUGCACAGGAGCAUUUGGACUCUCCUGCACUACCCCACCCUCCACCCACAGCUGGCGUGCAGGAACCGUCAGAAUCACCGUUUGACGAUACUGUGGUACAGACCGCUACAGCUGUCCGCCUAUCACAGGCCUACACACCACCUCUGUCACCUGUAUACAGCCGAGGCGCGGCGCCCACGAGCUCAGCCCAGCUCGAAGACACUGCUCGCCAGCCGAGCACGUCCUACCAAAGUACGUCGUACUACAGCAUACAAAGCGUGUCAGAUCUCACCAAACCGCCACCGAUCAAGCACGAACCACGUCGCAGUUCCGACACAUCCAAAGAGCGUCGGACAGGCAGCACAUGGGCGACCAUCUUCCGCCGCGGCAGCAAUUUCCGCAAGACUGGCCAAAACGAUGUCAAAUCUUCUUCAUCCGAAUUCUCCUUUUCCAACACUUCUCGCGAAUCUAUGCGAAACCAGCCCAUUCCGGCGCAUCUCAUUGAUCCCAACGCCCGCCGACCUAGCUCUCAACCUCGCACCAUUUCCGGCACCCCUGCUCGCACCAUGUCUCGCUUCCACGAAGACCUCCCCGGAAUGCCCAUAUCCCCACCGGUCUCCCGCACGCAGUCCCCUGAUGUCACCGUCGCCGCCGCCGCGGCUGCCACCCAACGAAGAAGCGGACGACUCACCCCUCAACCCAUCGACAUCCGCACCGACACACCUACAAGCCAACAGCGCGGUCCCAAAGUCUCCAGCUCUCUCGCUUCGAUCGACUCCGAAGGCUCCUGGCUAGCCAGUGGAUCCCUGAAACGCGCUUCCCACCAGUCCGUCCCAAGUCGCACUUUCAGCCGACCGACAACCGGCAAAGACUUUAACUCUAGCUUUGAAGAGCUCGGCAUUGCAGAUGGUACUGGAGCUCACCAAGACCCAGACGCGGAAUAUCUCGCUCGCAACUCCCGCCCACCAGGCAGUAAUCCCGCUCUCAUCGGCGCCACGCCAGAUGAGGAGUUCGAGGACGAAGAGCUCGCUGUCGCCUCGAUGGUGGCGGAGGAACCCGCGCUCACAGUGCGCGGCUCUGUCCGUCGCAGGCCGACUCUCGUUCAGCGUGACGAGCGCUUGAAGUCUCGCGAAGGCCUGGUCACCGAGUACCUCACCUCAUCCGGCACAGAGGUCCACCCGGCCCAGUCCGGCGUCAUGGACUCAUACGACUCUCACUCUCACGAUGACACUCCUCUCACUUCAGACGGAGAAGACGAAGAAGGAGAUGAGCAGUACGACAAUUCUACCAUCGUAGAAGUCGAACGCGCGAGGAGUGUACAGUAUGGCUCGAGACAUUCCAGGCAGUUCUCCGCGGGAAGUGCAAGGCUGCUGGAUGUAAAACCUGAGGGCGGUAUCUCUAGGGAAAGGACGCCAACGCCAACAAGGGCAGUUUUUGAGCCGGCGGAGGAAGAAGUCACUCAGCCUGGAGCUGAGAAAUCGGAGGAGGUUUGA